AUGUCCUUCAACGUUCCCGGUGUCAAGGUUCUUGGUAAGUGAUCGUUUGUGCGAAUGAGUGUGUAGACCUUACUUGCCGGCCGCCGUGACCGCAGGCGUUCCGACGUCAUGUGGAGAACGACCGACAAAACGAAGCCGUGGGCCCGGCUACGCCAGUGCGCGGCCUGUUCCGAGAUGGGGUAUGCGCCCAGUCCGGGCACCAUCGGAGCAGAUCGCCGACCGGCCUCAUCGGAUGCAACACAUUUGCUGUCGAAAAACGAUGCAGUAGACGAGUAUGCGGCCGAUGAGGCCGUCGAUACGCUGCUUGGACUGCAUGAUCUCCGUGAUUUGAAUCUCAUAAGCCAGCGCCGCUAACCCCGCGCCAGCUUUGCCCCCCAUGUUCCCGUCCUAUCCUCCUCGGCCGGUGUCGGAUCGCCGUAUUCGCCCACCCCCACCUCUCCCUGCGACACAGGAAAGGUCACUGGCGCCCAUGCCGAGAUUAUCACCAAUGAGUCGCUCAAGUUCCUCGCCGUGCUGCACCGCAACUUCAACCCGACUCGCAAGGCGCUCCUCGCCCGUCGAAAGCUCGAGCAGGCCAAGUACGACGCCGGCGCCUUGCCUGAUUUUUUGCCCGAGACGCGCCACGUUCGCGAGGACAAGACCUGGACCGGACCUGCCCCUCUUCCCGGCUUGCAAGACCGUCGUGUCGAGAUCACUGGCCCCGUCGACCGAAAGAUGGUCAGUUCCGAGAGCUAAUCGGCCUUCGCCCUUCUCUUGGGCGCACUUCGCCGAGAUGAGCGGCCCCGGAACGAACGGCUUUGAGUGCUCCGCGAAUGCUAAAAAUUCUUUGCGUUGUGUUUAAAUUUUAUUGUAGGUGAUCAAUGCUCUCAACUCGGGUGCUGCCACCUUCAUGGCCGACUUUGAGGGUGAGUCCGGAUCUCAGGUAUGCCGCGCUGGGCUGGGUCGAGCUCCGGCUUCCGAUCGCCCCCGCUUGCCGCCGCCCGGUUAUCUCGGCGAACCGCUCGAUCGUUCAGGCACCAAACUGCGCGGCCCGUGGCGAGCUCGCCGACCCCUGGUCUCAUACACGAUCAUCCCCAUUCCGCCCAUUCCGCCCAUUCCGCAAGAGUUAUGUUUGGCUGACGAUUAUUUUGCUGUACCUGACCAGACUCGAACGCUCCUACGUGGUCGAACAACCUAGACGGUCAAGUCAACCUCCGCGAUGCGGUCCGACGCACCAUCUCUUUCAAGAACCCGAACGGAAAGGAGUACAAGCUGAUCGAAAAGCCUGCGACCUUGCUCGUCCGCGCGCGUGGAUGGCACCUCGAUGAGAUCCACGUCACCGUUGAUGGCGAGGCUAUGUCCGGUGGCAUCUUCGACUUUGGUCUCUACUUCUUCUGGAACGCCAAGGAGGCCAUCUCGCGUGGGUUCGGUCCUUACUUCUACUUGCCCAAGAUGGAGCACUACCUCGAGCCGAGGUUGUGGAACGACAUCUUCCGCUUGUCGCAAGACUACAUCGGCAUCCCGCGUGGCUCGAUUCGUGCGACGUGCCUCAUCGAGACCAUCACCGCGGCUUUCCAAAUGGACGAGUUUAUCUACGAGCUUCGCGAGCACUCGAGCGGCCUCAACUGCGGUCGAUGGGACUGUGAGUUAGGAUAUGCUUCGAUGCGUCUCAUGCAUGGCUUGAUGGGAAUGACGCAUGCUGAUUGACCGGACGUGUCCGAAUUGGCGAUCUCCUAGACAUCUUCUCGUUCAUCAAGAAGAUGCGCAUGCACCCCGAGUUCGUGCUUCCCGACCGUGGUCACGUUGCCAUGACCGUUCCCUUCAGUACGUUCGAAUGGCGAUCACACCGGUUGCUUGCAGGUCGGAAAGGUACUGACGGCUGGAACCGAGUCGUGCAGUGGAUGCCUACGUCCGCCUGCUCAUCCAAACAUGCCACAAGCGAGGUGUCGCCGCCAUCGGCGGCAUGUCGGCGCAAAUCCCGAUCAAGAACGACGAGGCCCGCAACGAGGCGGCCAUGGCCAAGGUCCGCGCCGAUAAGGAGCGUGAGAGUCUGGCCGGCCACGACGGUACCUGGGUCGCUCACCCCGCGCUCGUCAAGAUCGCGUUGGAGAUCUUCAACAAGAACAUGGUCGGCCCGAACCAGUACCACAUUCGCCGCGAGGAAGUGACCGUCACCGCGCUCGACCUGCUCAACACCAAUGUGCCCGGGACGAUCUCCGAGGACGGCGUCCGUUCCAACUGCUCGGCGUUGUUGCACUACUGCGCAAACUGGAUCGGCGGUCUCGGCUGCGUUCCCGUUGCCAAUGUGAGUCUUCUGAGAUCGACCACAGACCCAGUUCAUUUUGACUGACCUGUGGAGGGAUCUCGCUCGGCGGUCGCCCGCAGAUGAUGGAAGACGCCGCCACGGCCGAGAUCUCUCGUUCGCAGCUCUGGCACUGGAACUACCACGGCGCGAGCACCGGCGACGGCCAAAAGAUCACGACCAACUACAUUGACCGAAUUCUGGACGAGGAGACAAAGAAGGUCAAGGCGACCGGCCUCGAUGCCCGCCGCGUCGACAUCUCCGCGCGAUACCUCAAGGAACAGAUCCGCGCUAAGUACCUCAGUGACUUCUUAACCUCGGAUCUCUCGCCUUAUCUUGCCGAGGGUCCUUCGGCCAAGAUGUAG